UUUGUGACUAAUAAAGUUAUUAAAAAAAAAUAACAGCCGGUGGGAAGUUUUGUUUUUUCUGUUGUACGCUUUUUCUCUAAAAAGCGUAACAAUGCACUUUUGUAAAAAAUUGAUUAUAUUUUUAAGUUUGAUAGCUUUAGUUUGGGCUGAUGAGGAGGAGGAAGAAUUAGGUAUGACUUCCGAAGAAAUAGUUGAUGCAUUGGAGUCUUUUGGAGAUAAUUGUGAUAUUAAACCAGAAAGAGAUCAUAUUAAACAGCUGGUGAAAAAUGAAGAGAAUCCCCAUCAAAAUGCGAAAUGUUUCCGGCAUUGUUUGAUGAAAGAAUUUGAAUUGAUCGCAGAAGGCUCCACAACAAUGAAUGAAGAGAAGGCUGUUGAUAUGUUGGGUAUGAUGUUUUCUGAUAGCAAAGAUGACUUGGAGGAAAUUGUUAAAAUAUGCAAUGGCGAAAAUGCUGGGGUAGCAGAAAAAUGUGAGAAUGCCCACAAACAUGGAAUGUGUAUAUUACGAGAGCUGAAGGCCCGCAACUAUAAAAUUCCACAGCCCGGAUAAUAAUGGAGUACAUUGUAGACCACUUUUCCAGCUUACCUGAUAAAGACCACGGAUACUGAUAACUUGAUUAAAGAUUGACCAAGAAUAUUUUAUUACUUUUUUACCAAAUAGCUUUAGAUGUUUAUUGCAAAUAUUAUCACACGGUGCAAAGCAAAUAUAGCGUUCAUAUCCUUAUUUUUAACGUAA